AUAUUGUAGUUUUCCCAUAUUUUGCCUUCUUUCGAGCCGUCAUUCUAAAAAUGAUAUCUGUGAGUGUCGUUCUGCUCUUAUUUGUGCAGUUUGCAAGUACAUUUCUUGUACCGGAUGGAUUACAAAUCGUUCAUACACAAUAUGGGGAAAUACAUGGCCAACUUUCUAGUGCCACAUUCGAUGGGAUGCAAUACCAAGUGAAAACGUUUCUAGGUAUUCCAUACGCCGAGCCGCCAAUCGGUAAUUUCCGGUUUCGUAAACCCGUACCAAAACUAAAUUUUCCUACGCCAUUCAAAGCAUCCGCCUACGGACCAAUUUGCCCGCAGGAUGCUUUGGAUAAAAGUGUGCCCCAGUCUGAAGAUUGUCUGUUUCUGAAUGUAUUUGUUCCAACUAGGCAUGGGGCGGGUGUGCUCCCGAAACCGGUGAUGAUAUGGAUUCAUGGUGGCGGAUUUUACGCUGGGUCUGCUAACAGAUUCAAAGCGGAAGUGCUUAGCGCAUUUAGCGAUGUUGUUGUGGUGACCAUAAAUUAUCGCCUUGGACCGCUUGGAUUCUUUACCACAAAGGACAAUGAAGCGCUCGGAAACUAUGGAAUGUGGGACCAACACUUAGCUUUCCAGUGGGUUAAAGGCAACAUAGCGUCUUUUGGCGGUGACGUCGAGAAUAUAACAAUAUUUGGAGAAUCUGCCGGCGGAGCUAGUGUCGUGUUUCAGACGUUGUAUCCCGGAAAUCGUGAUGUCUUCCAACGAGCUAUAUCCGAAAGUGGAACAGCAGCGGGUCCGUCUGUUUCUCACGGUAACACUGUCUAUAAAAAGUCAAUAGAGUUUGCAGCUUCCGUUGGCUGCAGUGGCCCUAAUCAUUCAACAGUCGUCUCAUGUAUGAGACAUAAAUCUAGCGAUGAGAUCAAGAAAGCCGUACAAGUGUUCAUGCCCAAAAACUAUGAUGAAGUGCAUCCAAACUGGGUUCCUGUAUAUGACAAUGACUUUGUAGUGAGCGAGACACAGAACAUUUUGAGGGAGGCGUCGAAAAGUUCACCCGCAUUUUCCUCCUAUCAUAACAUCGGUCUAUUAAUAGGUAUGAAUAAUUAUGAUGGGGCAUUGUUUUUGCCUUUCUGGAUGUCUCAGUUUAAUAUAACGUCUCCUAAAGAUUAUAGAGUUUCACAAGCUCAGUUUAAGUAUGUGUUCAUGCCAAGACUCGCGGAGUUGAUUCUUAAGGAGACAGCUACGAAUUUAGUGCGGGAUGCAAUUAUCCAGGAAUACACAGACUGGGACCAUCCGGAUGACGACACUGUAAGGCUCGAGCGUCUGGUUACAAUGGCCACUGACUGCAGUUAUUAUGCUCCUACAGUUCUUACUGCCAACUCCCAUGCAAAUGACAUGUCUAAUACGUAUGUGUAUAGAUUUCACGCAGCGCCACCUACGAGACUUUUACCAUUGCCGCCAUCUUUAGAUUUGGCGGGGAAUUCUAAUCAUGCAGACGACAUAUUCUUCCUGUUUGGCUUCAAUGAUCUAUAUACUGACUUAUUUUACCCGAAUCCUGCGAAGGCACCGAAGCCGUCAUCGGAUCAAAUAAAACUGUCGAAAGCGUUAAUGACCAUGUGGUCGAACUUCGCUAAGUCUGGAAAUCCAAACAAACCAAUGAAUGUGAAGUCACUUUAUGAUGUUGAAUGGCAGCCGUACGACGUAAAACAUCAGAAUUACCUUGACAUUUCAUUUAACAUGAACCCACAGUCAAUGAAAACAAGGCUGGCGUCACGUGCGGACCAUUUCUGGAACACUGUUCUCCCAGCCAUGCAAAAAGCGUCUAAACAUUGACCUCAUGUAUACGUACAUAUUCUUUGCUGUUGAUAUGUUACUGCACAUCGUUAUCUCAAUCUUCAAAAGUCUGUAGCGCACUCUUCUAAACUGCGCGCUUUUUUUUUUUUUUUUUUUUUUUUUUUUUUUUCAUUUUUAUGUUUGAUUCUCAGCUAUACUUUCUAUCUCAUUUAUAAUUAAUCAAACGAGUAGAAUAAAGGCAUUAAAGUUAAGUGUCUGCUGCUUGCAUUGGUGGAAGAUUAAGUCCCUGACAAAGUGAAUUAAUUUGUAAAAUCCAGCCAAUAACGCGAGACAAUGCGAAUUCUUUUUAGCUCGGCUAUAUGCGUGGU